AUGCAGAUCUUCGUGAAGACCCUGACGGGCAAGACCAUCACCCUGGAGGUGGAGUCUUCGGACACCAUCGACAACGUCAAGUCCAAGAUCCAGGACAAGGAGGGCAUCCCCCCGGACCAGCAGCGUCUCAUUUUCGCCGGCAAGCAGCUCGAGGAUGGCCGCACCCUCUCCGACUACAACAUCCAGAAGGAGUCCACCCUCCACCUGGUGCUCCGUCUCCGUGGCGGCAUCAUCGAGCCCUCGCUGAAGGCUCUUGCCUCCAAGCCCGUCUCCCCCCGAGGGCAGUCAACUGCCGCAAGAAGAAGUGCGGCCACACGAACCAGCUCCGCCCCAAGAAGAAGCUCAAAUAAGCGGAUCGCUUCCACCGGCGUACGGCGAGGGAUGGGGAUUCAUGGCAGCAUCAUCGUCGAAACGAUUAUCGACGAACGGACGGCUUGGGCAAAGGGAGGGAAUUGGGACGGCACAAAAGACGUCCCAUAUCACGAGACAUGGUUCUUGGGUGCAUCAUGA